AUGUCUCAAUUUCGUCAUGCUUGUCAUAUUCAUGACAAAAAACUUGUUCAUACACCUCCCCCUCCUCCUUCUCCUCCUUUCACCUUACCUUGUAACCGUGUGUCUAAAAGACACGCUGAUGGCUUUUAUAAAGAUGUAACUUCCCGACGCCUAGGACUUUCCUACCGCAAAUCUUAUGCUUUUCACCAUGUUCUUGAGGACGAUAAUGGUUCACUUUCUGCACGAACCCUUAUCACAUAUUCUGAUCACGAAUCCAUCUCCCACCCUACGAAGAAACAACUUGCCCGUCAAGUACGCCAUAAAGACCUUUUAUCAGAUCGGAGCAAAUUUUCACGACAUGUUGUUCACCCUGAUCUUCUCGAUUCUUCUAUGUGGAUAGCCACCAAGGAUCCUGCUAUAGUCAUUCCUCCUACCUCUUAUAAUUUGACUAUGUCUACUACUGAUUACUCAAUUGUUCAGAAUAUACGUAAUCUUGUAUCCUCGCGUCCUGACGUUUCCUUCUGUUUGAAAGAAUGUUCACAUCACUCUUCAGUUGCGUUUGUAUCUUCUAAAUUUACAGGUUCUAUCCAAAAAGUGGUUUUGAAUCCCUCUUCUGUAGUUGGAAGUCAUUUUAUUACUGACAAACCCACCUCUGGUCCUUUUGUUGGUCCAAACUGCCCUGCUAUUGAUUAUCAAGAUUUCAAAACUCUUGGCUUUAGUCGUUCCAUUAUUGAUAUGGUUCGAAGGAUACUCUCGAAUAGUGCUUCUAUUUAUGUACCUUCUCACAACUUCCUCUGGUUAAUAAUUUCCAAGCACAACACUUCAUCGGUAUCGAAAAAGUAUCUUCGAGAUGCCAUCCAAUCUGUUAUCACCAAAUCGGCCUCCUCUUCGACAUUUUCACAUUUUUGGAAUAGUGAUACACGCUUUUCUUUCAAACUAGGUCGUGUUAAACCUAGUGAUAUCUUAAUAUUAUUGGAUGUUUGUGUACCUUGGUUUGAUUCACAUCCUUAUCCUGUUCCUUCUGAUUUUCGAUCACAGUGGGUUUUACCUGCUGAUUUUGUUCAUCCUAUUUUUUUAAUGCGCUAA